GUCGGCGUACCCCUCUACUUCGCCCUUCGCUUAACAUUUCCUGAGCCGGUCAGCAAAUUCAAUGAGAAGUUCUUGCAACAACUGGUUAUCCGAGGGCCCCACCAAUACCCUGGCGCCCGAAGCAUUACAUUUCCUGAUGGUAAGAUGGUGCAACUGCCAUCCGGCGAGUCUAGUGAUGCUGUAAAUCGUCGGAAUAAGCUAUCACACCAUCUUGUUCCAGCUCGUGCUGAUUUAAACUUGGGUAGACCAGUCAUUGUGAGAAUACUUUAUUAA